AUGUUCAUAAGGGUUGAAGACAUGAGGCGUUACCAGAACAAUGCCCAACCCGCCCCAGCGCGGACAGAGACCAAAAGGACCAACAAAGAGCCCAUUCCACGGGACCAUAACCGUCCCUCAGAACGCAGACCAGCGAAGUUCUCGAACUAUGCCCCCCUCAACGCACCCAGGUCCCGCAUACUCGAUGAAGUCCUGCAAGCGGAGCUCCUCCCCCCACCCAGGAAGUAUCAAAACCCACCCAACGCAGAUUUGAGCAAGUAUUGUCACUACCACCGCAACAAUGGCCACACCACCGACGAAUGCGACACCCUACAGGACAAAAUCGAAGAACUCAUCCGAGCUGGACAUCUAAGGCACUAUAUAAGAGAAGUUGGGGCGGGUCCAUGCAGACCCCGUUACGACAGGAACGACAAUAGGAGGACCGAGCGACGCAAUGACCAGCGAGUCGAACGCCGAGAGCCCAGGAGAGAGCCAGCCAGAACACAGAACGCGGAACGAAGGGAACCACCGCAACCACAUCCGCGACGAGCGGAUGACAGACCCCCCCUACGAGGAACAAUCAAUACGAUAUCAGGAGGAUUCGCAGGAGGAGGAAGGUCCUCUUCCUCGAGGAAGAGGCACCUACGGGCCGUCCAGCAAAUACACGUAGUAUCCAGCCGAACGCAAAGAAGAAUGCCGCCCAUCACUUUUUCAGACUCUGACUUUCAGGGUACCAACCCCAACCAAGACGACCCCAUGGUCAUAACUGUAGAAGUCGAGAGCUUCGCGAUAAAGAAGGUUCUCAUUGACCAGGGAAGCUCCGUGGACAUCUUGUAUUGGAAAACAUUCAACUGGAUGCAGAUACCUCUCGCUGACCUGACCCCCCACAAUGAACCCAUAUACGGAUUCUCAGGCGAGAGAGUCCCCACCAAAGGGUACAUAGACCUUCACACAACAUUCGGAGAGGGAAGGCAGACCAAAACCAUUCCCAUUCGCUACUUGGUCGUCGACGCCCACACGUCCUACAACAUCCUCCUUGGCCGUCCAUCCAUCAACGCGCUAGGCGCCAUAGUAUCCACCCCACACCUUGCGAUGAAGUUUCCAUCCCCGGAAGGCGACAUUAUCACAGUACAUGGCGACCAACGCGCAGCCAGAGAAUGCUACAUGGCAAGCCUGAAACUCCCACUCCCACCCUUGACAACCCACAACAUUGAACAAUCCCAAGCCCACCCCACUCUGUACGGCGAUGACUUAGACCCCAGACUAAACUCCGAAACACGCCUCGAACCCGUGGGCGAAACAAGGCAGCUCCCACUCGAACAACAAGGCCACUUCCUCCAGGUUGGAACUUCCCUUCCUAAAGGAGAGGUAGAUCACAUAGAGCAAGUACUCAGACAGAACGCUGACCUCUUCGCCUGGUCAGCAGCCGACCUCCCCGGCGUUCACCCUAGGAUAGCCGCCCACCGGCUAUCCGUUUUCCCUAACGCAAAACCCGUCUCCCAGAAAAAAAGAAAGCUUAGAGAAAGUAGAAGACAAGCGGCUAUGGCAGAGGCCGAAAAACUAAAACAGGCCGGUUUUGUCGGUGAAGCCCAGUACACAACCUGGCUCGCCAACGUGGUGCUAGUUAAGAAACCCAGCGGGAAGUGGCGUAUGUGCGUAGAUUACACAGACCUGAACAAGGCCUGCCCCCGGGACGCUUACCCAUUACCUAGCAUAGACAGACUCAUUGAUGGGGCCGCAGGACACGCCCUACUGAGCUUCUUAGACGCUUACUCCGGCUAUAACCAAAUACCCAUGGCUGAUGAAGAUAAAAUCAAAACCGCGUUCAUAACCGAAGAAGCCAACCUUUACUACAAAGUCAUGCCCUUCGGUCUCAAAAACGCCGGCGCUACAUACCAACGCUUGAUGGACAGAGUCUUCCAGCCACUCUUGGGCAAGACGGUAGAGGUAUAUGUCGACGACAUCAUCGUCAAGUCCCCCAACGCACAACAACACUCCUCGGACCUAGCACAAGUCUUCAAAGCCCUGCGCACCUACAAAAUCAGGCUCAACCCUGAAAAAUGCACAUUCGGGGUAGACGGCGGAAAAUUCCUGGGCUUCAUGCUCACGCAGCGGGGAAUCGAGGCCAACCCUAAAAAAUGUCAAACCAUCAUCGACAUGAGAAGCCCCGCGAAUGUCAAGGAGGUGCAGCGAUUAGUGGGCAGACUAACCGCCAUCUCGCGCUUCCUCCCCAAGUUGGCAGACAAGAUCAAACCAAUGAUCCAACUCCUGAGAAAGUCGACAAAGUUUACUUGGGAUGACAACUGCGAGCAAAAUUUCAACACUCUGAAACAACUCCUCACCACCCCCCCGGUCCUAACCAAACCCGAUCCCUCCCUCCCCCUUGUUAUGUACAUAGCCGCGUCCGCAAACGCCAUCAGCUCUGCACUCGUCCAAGAAAGGGACAACACCCAACAUCCAAUAUACUUUACGAGCCGCAUCCUCCAAGACCCAGAAACGCGAUAUCAGAUGGUAGAGAAAGUAGCCCUCGCAAUUAUAACAGCGGCGCGUCGCCUGCGACCGUACUUCCAAUCACACACGAUCAUCAUCAGAACGGACCAUCCCAUACAAAAGAUCCUGCAAAAACCCGAUUUAGCCGGUCGGCUAUCCUCCUGGGCCAUCGAACUGUCAGAAUUUACAAUCCGCUAUGAACCACAUGGACCCAUCCGAGCACAAUGCCUGGCAGACUUCGCUAAUGACCUUCAAGAGCAAGCCCCUUGUGACACCUGGUGGACCAUGCACGUAGACGGCUCCUCAAACCCGCUAGGGGCCGGCGCCGGCAUAGUACUGGAAGGACCCGGCAACGUCCUCAUAGAGCAAUCUCUACGUUUCACCUUCAAAACAUCCAAUAAUCAAGCUGAAUACGAGGCCAUCAUAGCCGGCCUCAAUUUAGCACAAGACGUUGGCGCACGUAAACUCCUAUGCAAGACAGACUCAAAGCUCACCGUAGGACACCUCAACGGUGAGUACCAAAUCAAAGAUCCCACCCUCGCACAAUACUACCACAUGGUAGUAUCCCUGGCUGAGCACUUCGACACUUUCCAAAUUCAUCACGUCCCACGAAGCGAAAAUACCCGGGCAGACAUUCUCUCAAAGCUCGCUAGUACCAAAAAGAAAGGUCGUUACAAGUCACUCCUCCAACACACCAUAACCGCACCCUCCAUUGAGCAACAAAACCAGUGCUUAAACAUUACUACCACCAACACUUGGAUGGAGCCUUUCAUCAGAUACCUAGAAACAGGGGUCAUCCCGCCAAACGAAGAAAAAGGGUGGGUGCGGAAAGCGGCACGAUACACACUAAUUGGGGGCGAACUAUUCAGAAGAGGCUUCAGCAAGCCCCUGCUCAAGUGCGUAACUAAGGAAAAGGCCGACUAUGUCAUCCAAGAAAUACACCAAGGCAUCUGCGGCUACCACUCAGGACCCAAAACCAUGGCCGCUAGGAUACUACGCGCCGGAUAUUACUGGCCCACAAUGGAAGAAGACUGCACCACAUACGUCCAAAAAUGCGUCCAAUGCCAAAAGCACGGGCCGGUUACACACAUGCACCAGGAAGAACUGCACCACGUCUCCUCACCCUGGCCAUUCUCAAAAUGGGGGAUGGACAUAAUCGGCCCUUUCGCACCAGGGAAAGGCCAAGUCAAGUUCCUUCUUGUUGCGGUCGACUACUUCUCCAAGUGGAUCGAAGCAGAGCCAUUAGCCACCAUCACAGCCAACCAAGUCCAACGCUUCGUUUGGAAAAACAUUAUCUGCCGCUAUGGAAUCCCUCACACAAUCAUAACCGACAACGGCCGCCAGUUCAUAGACAAGGGCCUCGCUGACUUCUACCGCAACCUGAACAUUACCCACAUAACGAGCUCCGUCGAACACCCUCAAACCAACGGCCAGGCUGAGGCCACUAACAAGGUCAUCCUCGGGCAAUUGAAGAAACGCUUAGACGGAGCCAAAGGCAAAUGGCCAGACGAACUACUCGAAGUGCUAUGGGCAUAUAGAUGCACCCCCCAGUCUUCGACCCACGAAGCAUCGUAUACUCUAGUCUACGGAACAGACGCUGUCAUACCAGUGGAAAUCGGGGAACCCUCAAUCCGACAACAACACCACGAUGCACAGAUAAACGCCGACUGCAUGGCCACACACCUCGACCUCCUUUACGAGACAAGGGAAAAGGCACGAAUCCGGGACUUGGCGACCAAAUUGAGGGCAGCAAGAAGGUACAACUCCAAGCUGAAACCACGUUCUUUGCACAAAGGAGACCUCGUAUGGAGGAUGGCUAGCAAAGCCCGCAAGCACGAAGGCAAGUUCUCACCCAACUGGGAAGGACCUUUCUGA